AUGCAUUACGCGGUGCUCCUCGCAGGCCUCAUUGGCACUGCCAAUGCAGCUUGUCCGUAUAUGACAGGCGAUAUACCUGACUCUUCUAAUCCUCUUCAUCGUCGUGACGAUGCAGAUGCAUCGGCUGCCACUGAGGACUUCCUUUCUCAAUUCUACCUCAAUGAUAAAGAUGCCUUCAUGACUUCUGACGUCGGUGGCCCAAUUGAAGAUCAGAACAGUCUCAGUGCCGGAGAGCGCGGCCCAACGCUUCUAGAGGACUUCAUCUUCCGUCAAAAGAUCCAGCGAUUUGACCAUGAACGGGUCCCGGAACGUGCCGUCCACGCGCGUGGAGUCGGUGCCCACGGCGUUUUCACAUCUUACGGCGACUGGUCCAACAUAACCGCAGCCUCAUUCCUCGGUGCAAAGGACAAGGAAACGCCCAUGUUCGUCCGCUUCUCCACCGUGGCCGGAAGUCGCGGAAGUGCCGAUACAGCACGCGAUGUCCACGGUUUCGCAACACGAUUUUAUACCGAUGAAGGCAAUUUUGACAUCGUCGGAAACAAUAUCCCCGUCUUCUUCAUCCAGGAUGCAAUUCUCUUCCCGGACCUCAUUCACGCGGUGAAGCCGCGCGGCGAUAAUGAGAUUCCUCAGGCUGCCACUGCGCAUGAUUCGGCGUGGGACUUCUUUAGUCAACAACCUAGUGCUUUGCAUACUCUUAUGUGGGCCAUGGCGGGCCAUGGCAUUCCGAGGUCAUUCCGUCAUGUUGAUGGGUUUGGUGUGCACACUUAUCGAUUUGUGACUGACAAUGGGACUUCGAAGUUGGUCAAGUUCCAUUGGAAGACUUUGCAGGGCAAGGCGAGCUUCGUGUGGGAGGAGGCGCAACAGACUGCCGGAAAGAAUGCAGAUUUCAUUCGUCAGGACUUGUGGGAUGCGAUUGAAGCUGGGCGUUAUCCUGAGUGGGAGCUUGGUGUGCAAAUCAUGGACGAAGACGAUCAACUUCGAUUUGGCUUUGAUCUUCUCGAUCCUACUAAGAUUGUUCCCGAGGAAUACGUCCCAAUUACCCCACUGGGUAAAAUGCAGCUCAACCGCAAUCCAAGAAACUACUUUGCCGAAACCGAGCAAGUCAUGUUCCAACCCGGCCACAUCGUCCGCGGUGUCGACUUCACUGAAGACCCUCUUCUCCAAGGCCGCAUCUUCUCGUACCUAGACACGCAACUAAACCGCCACAGCGGGCCGAACUUCGAACAACUCCCUAUCAACCGGCCUCGAGUCCCAAUUCACAACAACAACCGCGACGGUGCAGGCCAGAUGUACAUCCCCCUAAACAAAGACGCAUACACACCCAACACCCCGAACAACGGCUCCCCCAAACAAGCGAAUCAAACAGUCGGCAACGGAUUCUUUACUGCCCCCGGCCGAACAACAAGUGGGAAGCUAGUCCGCAGCGUUAGCUCCUCCUUCUCAGACGUCUGGUCCCAGCCAAGACUAUUCUGGAACUCGCUCAUCGACGCGGAGAAACAGUUCGUCGUUGAUGCGAUGCGUUUCGAGAAUGCGAACGUCGUCAGUCAAGUUGUGAGGGAUAAUGUUGUUUUACAACUCAAUCGGAUCAGUAAUGAUCUUGCGAAGCGAGUGGCCGAGGCUAUUGGUGUUGAUGCGCCGAAUCCUGAUCCGACUUAUUAUCAUCACAACACUACUGCGCGAAUCGGUGCGUUUGGGCAGAAGUUGUUGAAGCUUGAGGGGUUGAAAGUUGGGCUCCUUGCUUCUGUUGAUAACACUUCUUCUAUUGCGCAAGGCGCAAGCCUCCAGUCUCAACUCACUUCUGCAGGCGUUGAUGUUGUUGUUGUCGCUGAGCGGAUGGCGGAUGGUGUAAACCAGACAUACUCAGCAUCCGACGCUACGAACUUUGAUGCUGUGAUUAUUGCGGAUGGGGCGCAGGGAUUGUUCAGCUCGAGAUCUUUGACCUCGGAGAACAAGACUUACGGAGCAAACUCUUUGUAUCCGGCUGGACGGCCGCUGGAUAUUCUUCUUGAUGCUUUCCGGUUCGGCAAGACUGUUGGUGCGCUCGGAAAGGGUUCUGCUGCGUUGAAGACAGCCCAGAUUUCUACCGACCGCGACGGUGUUUAUGCCGCUAAGACACUGGGUGACGCAUUUACUGAUGAAAUCAAAGAUGGGCUGCGAACUUUCAAGUUCUUGGAUCGGUUUACUCUAGAUGGUUAA